AUGCGGGUUGUCUUGCCACUCUGGUUGCUCGGCCUCAUCGGCCAGAGUGUCGCUCACUUUGUGCUUUUCUCGCCUGUCAGUCUUGGAUACGACGACACAAGGGAGACGGAAUCUCCAUGCGGCUCGUUUGAUGCCACGGACCGGUCCACGGGUGUGACAGACUGGCCAGUAGAGGGCUACCCUGUCUCUAUACUAACCACCCACGGCUCCGUGACCUGGGAAGCGAAUGCCGCUCUCAUCAGUGAGGGCGCCAUUACCUGGGUGCCGCUGGUCUUGCCCUUCGCGCAGACAGGUGUCGGCGACGUGUGUUUUACUCAGGUUCCCGGAAACCCAGCCUGGGUGGGCCAGGCCGCCGUGGUACAGCUCAUCCAGCAUGCCCCGGAUGGGCUGCUUUAUCAGGUAAGAUAG